AUGGAUGUAGACAAUAUUUUACGGUCCUUAGGAAAUUACGGGAGAUACCAAGUUCUACAGUAUGCUUACAAUCUGUUUUGUUUACCGAUAUUGACGUAUCCAGUAGUCAUUUACGUAUUUGUUGGUUACAUUCCAGACUUCAAAUGUAAGACUUCAGAUAAGCACGUGACAAAUGACUACGCUGACAUCAAUACGUCAUAUAACGUCACAAUCCAUUCGCGUCAAUGUGACGUCAUCUUUGAGACAAACAGGUCUGGUGUUCUCACACAGAAGACUAUUCCAUGUAGAGAUGGAUACGAAUUUUUUGGCCAAGAGACCACUGCUUCUGAGUGGAAUCUUGUUUGUGGAGCCGAGGGCCUAGGAAGCAUGUCUACCACCAUGUUAGUGAUUGGUCAAAUGAUUGGAGCGACACUUUUUCCCGCCCUGGCGGAUAAAUACGGUCGUCUGCUGAUCUUCUACACAAACUUUAUCGCCAUGGCUCUGUGUUACGUGUUGGCAGCAUUUGUUCCUUGGUUCAGUGCCUUCGUCAUCUUAAGAUUAUUGAUGGGAGCUUUUGGACAGGGAGCUGGGAUGUCACUGUCAACAUUGGGUUUGGAGAUUUUCCCCGCUGAGUCACGAGGUUUUAUUGUCUCUAUCGGAAGUGUAGCCUGGUCUCUCUCAAUUACGUCCAUAUCUCUAGUAGCCUACCUCCUCAGAAACCUAUCCUGGAGAUACACCAUGCUGGCAGCCGGAAUAAUAGGCUCCCACAGCCUGGCUACACGCUGGAUCCUCCAAGAGUCUCCUCGAUGGCUUGUUGCAAAUGGUAGAUACGAGGAGGCAAAGCAAUGGAUAAAACGAGCUGCCAAGUGGAACAAAAUAGAUCCCUCCACUAUCAUAGAUGAGUUCGACUCUGAAUUACAGAGUAGUGAACUACAGGUGCUUGUUGAUGAAACUACUCCGUACAGGAAACCCGAGACAAUGUGUGAACAGACCGGGAAAAAGAGAAAGGAGGAGAAGUUGUCUGUUUUGGAUAUUUUCAGACAUAAACUCAUUCUACUGACAUCCGUGAUAGUUUGGAUAAUAUGGUUUGUGAACAGCAUAACGUAUUAUGGACUAUUUCUGACCUCCGGCACUAUGAGUGGAAAUAUGUAUCUUAACUUCUUCUUAAAUGGAAUCGUCGAGCUACCAAGCACCUUUCUCUAUUUGUUUACGAUCAACAGGUAUGGUAGGAAGAAGACCUGUGUCAUGUUUCAUGCUAUUGCUGGUGUUAGUCUGACCUUGACUGCUGUCCUUAACUUUACUGCAGAUACAUCAUCGUUGAAGGGAUUGGCCUCGGCCAUGAGUUUUGCCGGAAAGUUUGGAAUAUCUGGUUCAUUUAUGACAAUUUUCCUAUACACCCCAGAAAUAUAUCCUACAAAUUUAAGAGCUUUAGGUAUGGGUCUGGCAUCUGCUGCGUCUAGAAUAGGAGGAAUGAUCUCUCCAUAUGCAGCCUUAUUUGGUACCUACAUCCCAUGGGGUCCAGGUGUUGUGUUCGGUUCUCUGUCACUCGUGGUAACAAUUUUGUUUCUAUGGUUACCCGAAACAACUGGAAAGGAGCUGCCAGAUACCCUCGAAGAAACCAAGAAUUUCUAUAUAUUGAAAGACAACAAGAAAAAGAACAAAAUGAAUUCUUUAAAUAGAGAUUUAUAGCAAAAAUGGACAGAACACUUUAUAUUUCUAGUUGUAACUUACAACAGAGAACACAUUAUAAAGGAGAAACAUGGGCUUCACUCUGUAUUUAGCUUUAACACAUAAAACAUCAUUGUAUACUG